CUCGAUCAAUUACAAAAGACUAUACAUCAAUUGCGUAAAGACUAUUCUACCGAAAAACAAAAAAUAUUUGUAAAUAAUAGUAAAACUACAAAUUCUCUACUUUACACGAAAUUAUCAGAAUUUUUGGAUAUUAAUUUAGGUCCUUUUCGUUGUGACUUCUGUAAAAUGCUUAUAAAAACAUCCGAUCAAUACAAAAUACACAAAUCUGGUCACGAUGGUACCUUACCAUUCAUUUGUACAUUAUGUGGGAAAGGUUUUCAAAUGCCUGGAAAUUUGACCGUACAUAUACGACGUCAUAAACGUGAUUUUCCCUAUGCCUGUGAUAUGUGCGAUAAAAAUUUUGCCACGGCUACUGAAAUGGCAAUACAUAAGCGAAAACAUACGGGAGAACGACCAUAUAUCUGUGAUCUUUGCGGUAAAUCGUUUAAAACUUGGUCAUUUUUCGAUAUACAUCGGCGUAUACAUGUACAGGACUCAACAUUUCACUGUCCGAUCUGUGAUAAGAAUUUCUACGAAAAAAAUCGUUUUACAAAUCAUAUGAAUAUUCAUCUUAAUAUACGUAAUCAUAAAUGUAAUGCAUGUAAUAAAAGCUUCACAACAAUUGGUAACCUAAAAAAGCAUAAAGAACUUCACCUACCGGUCAAGAAGUACAAAUGCGAGUUUUGUACUAAACGGUUUGCACAAUUUGCUAGCUUACGUUGGCAUAAACGAAAGGCACAUUUACGUCUGGAAGAUAUUAUGGAACAGUGAAGUAUCAUAUAGUAUAAUUACUUGUACAUAUUUUUAUAUUUUAAAUAACAUUACGUUAACACUUUCGCAAUUAACUUCACAUUUGAUAUUGUUUAAUCACAAUCCAUACAAAA